GGCCGCGCGCCGGGCUGUCCGCUGUUGGGAGCCUAGCCCCCGGCCUGGGGCCGGGCGACCCUGGGGCGCGCUGUGCUCAGGUCUAGGUGGCUGGGUUUGGGGAGGCAUCCCAGCCCAUCAGGGAUACCAGCUGUAGGUCUGGCUCGACCCUUUCACCAUCCGCAAACACCCCUGAGCACAGGCCCUUCCUGGGGAGAUCCAUGGGGGCUGGGUCUACACUGACCAGCAGCUGUCCAACCAGGGCAUCCAGGACUGGCGUGGAGCAGAAACUGUCCAUGGAGCUGGUUAACAAGGUGGACAGGAGGCCGCGGUGAUGGCACAGUUUGACACUGAAUACCAGCGCCUAGAGGCCUCCUAUAGCGAUUCACCCCCAGGGGAAGAGGACCUGCUGGUACACGUGGCAGAGGGGAGCAAAUCACCUUGGCACCACAUCGAAAACCUUGACCUCUUCUUCUCUCGAGUUUAUAAUCUACAUCAGAAGAAUGGCUUCACAUGUAUGCUCAUUGGAGAGAUUUUUGAACUCAUGCAGUUCCUCUUUGUGGUUGCCUUCACCACCUUCCUGGUUAGCUGUGUGGACUACGACAUCCUAUUUGCCAACAAGAUGGUGAACCACAGUCUUCACCCUACUGAGCCUGUCAAGGUCACUCUGCCAGAUGCCUUUUUGCCUGCCCAAGUCUGUAGUGCCAGGAUUCAGGAAAAUGGCUCGCUUAUCACCAUCCUGGUCAUUGCCGGUGUCUUCUGGAUCCACCGGCUUAUCAAGUUCAUCUAUAACAUUUGCUGCUAUUGGGAGAUCCACUCCUUCUACCUGCAUGCUCUACGUAUCCCCAUGUCGGCCCUUCCAUAUUGCACAUGGCAGGAAGUGCAGGCCCGGAUUGUGCAGACACAGAAAGAGCACCAGAUCUGCAUCCACAAGCGUGAACUGACAGAGUUGGACAUCUACCAUCGCAUCCUGCGUUUCCAGAACUACAUGGUGGCACUGGUGAACAAGUCCCUCCUGCCUCUGCGCUUCCGCCUGCCUGGCCUUGGAGAGGUGGUCUUUUUCACGCGUGGUCUCAAGUACAACUUUGAGCUGAUCCUCUUCUGGGGACCUGGCUCUUUGUUUCUCAAUGAAUGGAGCCUCAAGGCUGAGUACAAACGCGGAGGGCAACGGUUAGAGCUGGCCCAGCGCCUCAGCAACCGCAUCCUGUGGAUCGGCAUCGCCAACUUCCUGCUGUGUCCCCUCAUCCUCAUCUGGCAGAUCCUCUACGCCUUCUUCAGCUACGCCGAGGUGCUGAAGAGAGAGCCAGGGGCCCUGGGAGCACGUUGCUGGUCACUGUAUGGCCGUUGCUACCUCCGCCACUUCAAUGAGCUGGAACACGAGCUGCAGUCCCGCCUCAACCGUGGCUACAAGCCUGCCUCCAAGUACAUGAAUUGCUUCCUGUCGCCGCUCCUGACUCUGCUGGCCAAGAAUGGUGCUUUCUUCGCCGGCUCGAUCCUGGCUGUGCUGAUCGCUCUCACUAUCUAUGAUGAAGAUGUGUUAGCUGUGGAACAUGUCCUCACUACCGUCACACUUCUGGGAGUCACAGUGACCGUGUGCAGGUCCUUCAUCCCAGACCAGCACAUGGUGUUCUGCCCUGAGCAGCUGCUCCGAGUGAUCCUCGCUCAUAUCCACUACAUGCCUGACCACUGGCAGGGUAAUGCCCACCGCUCGCAGACCCGGGACGAGUUUGCCCAGCUCUUCCAGUACAAGGCAGUGUUCAUCUUGGAGGAGUUGCUGAGUCCCAUUGUCACACCCCUGAUUCUCAUUUUCUGCCUACGCCCACGGGCCCUGGAGAUCAUAGACUUCUUCCGCAACUUCACAGUGGAGGUUGUCGGCGUUGGGGACACCUGCUCCUUUGCUCAGAUGGAUGUUCGCCAGCAUGGUCAUCCUCAGUGGCUGUCUGGAGGGCAGACCGAGGCCUCGGUGUACCAGCAGGCUGAGGAUGGGAAGACUGAGUUGUCACUCAUGCACUUCGCCAUCACUAAUCCUGGCUGGCAGCCACCUCGUGAGAGCACAGCUUUCCUGGGCUUCCUCAAGGAGCAGGUUCAGCGAGAUGGAGCAGCUGCUGGCCUUGCCCAAGGUGGUCUGCUCCCUGAGAAUGCCCUUUUCACGUCCAUUCAGUCCCUACAGUCUGAGUCCGAGCCGCUGAGCCUUAUUGCAAAUGUGGUAGCUGGCUCAUCCUGCAGGGGACCCCCACUUUCCAGAGACCUGCAGGGCUCCAGGCACAGGGCUGAAGUUGCCUCUGCCCUUCGCUCCUUCUCCCCGCUACAACCUGGCCAGCCCCCGCAAGGCCGGGCCCCCAGCACCAUGACAGGCUCUGGAGUGGAUGCCAGGACAGCCAGCUCCGGGAGCAGUGUGUGGGAAGGACAGCUGCAGAGUCUGGUGCUGUCAGAGUACGCGUCCACUGAGAUGAGCCUUCAUGCCCUCUAUAUGCACCAGCUCCACAAGCAGCAGACCCAGGCUGAGCCCGAGCGGCAUGUGUGGCACCGCCGGGACAGCGAUGAGAGUGGAGAGAGUGCUCCUGAAGAGGGGGGAGAGGGUGCCCGGGCCUCCCAACCUAUCCCCCGAUCUGCCAGCUAUCCCUGUGCCGCAGCCCGGCCUGGAGCACCCGAGACCACCGCCCUGCACGGGGGCUUCCAGAGGCGCUACGGGGGCAUCACAGAUCCCGGCACAGUGCCCCGUGCUCCCUCUCACUUCUCCAGGCUGCCCCUGGGAGGGUGGGCAGAAGAUGGGCAGCCAGCGUCAAGACAUCCGGAGCCCGUGCCAGAGGAGGGCUCGGAGGAUGAGCUGCCCCCUCAAGUGCACAAGGUGUAGACAAGGUAGAAGAGGGUCCCCAAGCUCCAGGAUGGAGGCAACGGCUGCCCUGCCAACCAUCUGCCUGCCACGAGAGGGGGUCUCUGAGUGUUGCCUGGCCCCACGUG